CUCUCUUCCUCGCCACAAAUCCAUAUUUCUUAUCUUCACAAAAACAAACUCCAUUCUUUACUCCCCAAAUAUUCCAUCUUUUUUUUCAAUUCCGCCACCUCAACAAUGGCCGCCGCCAACGCCUUCAAUCCCGUCCACCACCACUCCCUCCGCCGCCGCCACCACGACUGCCCACCCAUCGCCGCCGCCACCUCACUCUCACUCAAACCCUCCUCCACCGCCUCCCGCCGCGCCCUCUUCACCCACUCCUCCUCCUCCUUCUCCGCCGCCGCGCCAUCCACCUCCGCAGCGGCGGAGGCCUCCGCCUCCGACGUCGUCUCCUUCGACCUCCUCCGGCAGCAUUUGUCGUCGGAAAACUUCCGGCAGGCGGACGAGGAGACCCGCCGCCUCCUGAUCGCCCUCGCCGGCGACGCCGCCCAGAAGCGCGGCUACGUGUUCUUCUCGGAAGUCCAGUUCAUCCCCGCUGGCGACCUCCGCGCCGUCGACGACCUCUGGCGCGACCACAGCGGCGGCCGGUACGGAUACUCCGUCCAGAAGCGGAUCUGGGAGAAAUCGAAGAGAGAUUUCACGAAAUUCUUCAUAAAAGUCGGGUGGAUGAAGAAGCUUGAGGGGUCGGAGGUGGAGCAGUACAAUUACCGGUCAUUUCCGGCGGAGUUCGUGUGGGAGGCGUCGCCGCCGGCGCCGGAGGGUCAUCUGCCGCUGACGAACGCCCUGAGAGGGACGCAGCUGCUGAGCAGCAUUCUGAGCCAUCCGGCGUUCGAGGAAGAGGAAGAAGAUGAAGUAGGGGAAGAAGCCAUGGCCAUUGGAGAAGACGACAAUGGUGAGAAAGCUGCUGUCGUUGGUCCCAAAGGCUUUAAGCCAAACUACACAUUCUGAGGUCGUCACUGUUACUUACAAACUCGACUGAACAAAUAUUUUACUAUUUCCUUGUGCUUUUUGUUUUUUCUUGAUUUGUUUUGGGUUUUGGAUAUAAAAAAAAUGAAAUUAUAUGAACGAGUAGAGCGGUUAACUAGUCGAGCCGAAUUUUAAGUGUGUGUUCGGUUAUUAUUAAUGUUAGCAAACAAGACUCGUAAUUAUUAAUUAAGCUUUUGAGCUCGGCUCGUUAAAGAUUUUUAUUGUUUGAGCU